GAGGAGAGCAGGUUGAAACAUCGAAAUCACUCUGGACACAAUUGCAAAAGCAGCGUAUUUGAAGAAGGAGUGAGUGGGGUGGAGGAUGUAUCUUCUGAAAUGAGCCCAGGUGGAGCCCACACAGAGAGUGAUGAGGAGUCCCUGAUGGAGGAGGUGGCUGGGCCCAUCCAGAUUGUGAUUGCAGACGAAGACGAUCAUGAGUUUGCCCUAGAUGAGGAGGCACUGGAGCGUAUCCUCUUGCAGGAAAGCGUCAGGGACCUCAAUGUUGUUGUCGUGUCUGUUGCCGGAGCCUUUCGGAAGGGCAAGUCCUUUCUUCUGGACUUCAUGCUCCGGUACAUGUACAGUCAGCAGUCAACUGAUACUUGGCUCGGAGGAGACGACGAGCCACUGACAGGUUUCAAAUGGAGGGGGGGCUGCGAAAGGGAGACCACCGGCAUUCAGGCCUGGAGUGAGGUGUUUGUGGUGGACAAGCCAGAUGGGAGCAAGGUCGCUGUUCUUCUCAUUGACACGCAGGGAGCCUUUGAUAGUCAGUCCACCAUUAAAGACUGUGCAACCCUUUUCGCUUUAAGCACCAUGACCAGCUCUGUACAGGUUUACAAUUUGUCCCAGAAUGUCCAGGAAGACGACCUUCAACAUCUUCAGCUUUUCACAGAAUAUGGAAGGCUUGCAAUGGAAGAAAUCUACCUAAAGCCGUUUCAGACACUAAUGUUCUUAAUAAGAGACUGGAGCUACCCUUAUGAGCAUCCCUAUGGUCUGGAGGGUGGGAAAAGGUUCUUGGAGAAAAGGCUGCAGGUAAAACAGAACCAGCACGAGGAGCUGCAGAAUGUACGGAAGCACAUCCACUCCUGCUUCUCCAACAUUGGCUGCUUCCUGUUGCCACAUCCUGGUCUCAAAGUGGCCACAAACCCCCACUUCGAUGGCAGAUUAAAAGAUAUUGAUGAUGAUUUUAAAAAAGAGCUUGUGAAUCUUGUGCCAUUGCUGCUGGCUCCAGAGAAUUUGGUGGAGAAAGAAAUUGGAGGAUCCAAAGUAACAUGUAGAGACCUUGUACAGUAUUUUAAGGCCUACAUGAAAAUAUACCAAGGAGAGGAACUGCCACAUCCCAAGUCCAUGUUACAGGCGACAGCUGAAGCCAACAACCUUGCGGCAGUUGCAGGAGCAAAAGACAUUUACAACAAGAGCAUGGAGCAGGUGUGCGGAGGUGACAAACCCUACAUCGCCCCCGCUGAUCUGCAGCGGAACCACCUCGAAUUCAAGCAGUGCUCCGUGCGUCAUUUUCGCUCCAUCAAAAAGAUGGGAGGCGAGGAAUUCUGCCGGCGCUACCAGGAGCAGCUGGAGGCGGAGCUGGAUGAGGCCUACGCCAACUUUGUCAAGCACAACGACGGCAAGAACAUUUUCUACGCCGCCCGCACGCCCGCCACGCUCUUUGCCGUCAUGUUCGCCAUGUACAUCAUCUCCUUGGUGACAGGCUUUGUGGGCAUAAACUCUGUGGCCACCCUGUGUAAUUUGAUCAUGGGCUUGACACUAGUAUCGCUCUGUACCUGGGCCUACGUCAAAUACUCAGGGGAGUUCCGUGAGGUGGGGAGCUUCAUCGACCAAGUGGCCGAAACCCUGUGGGAACAGGUGUUGAAGCCACUUGGUGAUCAGUAUAUGGAGGAUAACAUUAGACAGAGUGUGAUGAACUCCAUCAAAGCUUGUUUUACUGAGCGGGUAACUCAGCACGCCAAGUUAAAGACAAACUGACAGUGUCCUGCUUGUUUUCAUAGAACCAAAGUUUACACCAAUUAUUUUUUAUUUUUUUUUUUUAGCCUAGUUACUGUAGUUGACCUCUGUCUACUGAAUGCUUUUCUCCAUCACGAAGCUGGCACUGGAAGCCACUUGACUGACAACCUUUGAUUUGAGAGUGACACUAUCCUACUUGCUCACCACACAUUUUUUUUUUUUCCCCUCGUGGCCAAACGGAGAAAAACCUUUGUAGUUGAUGGAGAAGGUACUUGCAGGUUGUUCACUGAGCUGUAUGUUGAUUGUGCUUGGAGAAAUGCAGCUACGAAACUGUAGCUGUCUUCUCCUCAGGUUUUUAAAUCACAAACUUUUCUUCUGUCCUACUUGUUGGACAGAUUCUUUGGAAAGAACCACUGCUUUUUAUAUGAAGAACUCAUUUUACUUUUCGUACGUCCUGCAGUAUUAGAUUUGUCUCUGCAAAUUCUGGAAGUCCUGUGCUGUACCACUACAGUACAAAGGGGUACUUAUUAGCAUUCUCCAGCUCUUAUUUACGCACUUGGUUUUGCUAUUUCCCAGCUGUAUAAUAGAGUUAUAAGAUGCUUCUUUGAUAAUUCCAUCCAGAACAUUACAGCCAACAUAUGCUAUUCUGUACAGUUUAGAUUUUUUUUUUUUUUUAAACUUGUCACAAAUAGGGCAUGUGUAUGAAAUAUAUAUGUAUAAUUAAAAUUUUCUAUACCUUUUUUGUAGCUGGAAGAACAACGGUUUUGUGGUAGGCCAACGUGCGGUUAAUUUAAAGGAAUGCUUUCGUGAUUUGUGUACUUGUCAAUAUCUUUUUCUUUUUUCUUUUUUUUUUUUCCCCCCCUCCCUUUUUAUAUUCAUCAAGUAACCUGCCUCGAACACUGCGAUUCCACCCUUGAUGAUGGAGCAUCUGAAAUGUUUAGAAUCUUUCAUUUGUUUUUGAUUCAUCUUAAAGUUAUUUUUCUUUAAUUUA